AUGGAAACGAAUCCCCUUAUGAAACAGAACAAGGCAGAUCAUCUCUUGUUAAGAGUGCCGAAGUUGUUGUAUUUCCACGAGAUACCUAAGUGGCAACAAGACAACGAAUUUCUUCUAUCAGGCUAUAGUGUAGGCCUACGUCUGGCUCGACCCUGGGUUUCCUACACCGGCAUACUCUAUCUACAUAACCAAACGAUCAACAUUUAUUCCCAUUUAGUUGGGUGCAUAGUAUUCUGUAUACUGCCAUUCUACUUCUACUGGAAUUAUUAUCAGUUCCAGGUGAACGCACAAGUUGAUGACGUAGUGGUAAUAUCCAUUUACUGUCUAGGAGUUGCCGUCUGCUUUGCAUUCUCAGCGACAUUUCACAUCUUAUGGAAUCAUAGCCAAGCUCUUACUUCAUUCUGGAAUAAAUUAGAUUAUCUUGGUAUCCUUGUUUUGAUGUGGGGUGCCGGUAUUCCGACGAUUUACUACGGCUUCUUCUGCAACCAAAAUUUACAAUGGUUUUAUUGGAUGACUACGAGCGGCACUGCACUAGGUUGUGCAAUAGUUACAUUACACCCAAGCUUCAUCUCUCCGCAGUUUAGACAUUGGCGUGCAUGCUUUUAUGGUGAAUUUGGGCUGAGCUCUAUUAUAUUCGUUGUUCAUGGUCUCAUUCUCCACGGAUGGGAACUUCAAAGGGCACAUAGGUCUUUAAAUUGGAUGGGUUGGAUGGCCACGUCUAAUCUUACGGGUGCAGUCAUUUAUGCAGCCAGGGUCCCGGAGAGAUGGGUUCCACACAAAUUCGACAUCUUUGGUGCCAGCCACCAAAUUCUCCAUGUUGCAGUCAUUAUUGCUGCUGUUAUACAUUUCUGUGGCUUACUAAACGCCUUUUCGAUUAUUCGUUCCAAAGUUGACACAUGUGUCAACUGA